GUAAAGUAAGGACAAUGAAAUGAAACUCUUAUAAAGUCUCCUGACAACUCCCUCAUUAGUGAAUAAACACUAGGGUGUCAUGUGAUGUUUGCAACUAUUAUGUAGGUAGUUUGAAUAUGUCGCAUAUUAAAGGGGCAGUUGACUGUCCCUGACAGAAGAAUGCAUAUUAUUUAAUCCGCCUUCUUCAAUAAUGAAAAGUUAAAUAAAUGCACUUCUGGUUAAAAUAGACAAAAGAACAAGUAAGGCUUUUCCUCAAUGGAUGAGAGGAAGAUGAAAAGGAGGAGCCCAAAGUCCUCUACCAGUCACCCGCCACCUCUGGUGAAUUCAAAGAAAAACACUGUUCCAGUUAGUAGAAGUACCAUCUUCUCUAAUGCUGUGCCACAGCCAACAAGCCAAAAACCAAAGCUGAAAAGAGCGAUUAAAGAAAAAUCAAAGUCUCAGGGAGAAGGCAAAGGUGCUGCAUCAGCUCCCAUCCAGCAUUCCUUUCUUACGGAUGUGUCUGAUGUCCAGGAGAUGGAGAAGGGUCUCCUGAGCCUGUUGAACGACUUCCAUUCCGGCAAACUUCAGGCAUUCGGCAAUGAGUGUUCAAUCGAGCAGAUGGAACAUGUGCGUGGAAUGCAAGAGAAGCUUGCCCGUCUACAUUUGGAGCUCUAUGGUGAGCUAGAGGAACUUCCAGAAGACAAACGGAAAAUAGCCAGUGACUCCAAUCUUGAUCGACUUCUUUCUGAUCUGGAAGAGCUAAAUUCGUCUAUACAAAAGCUUCACCUGGCUGAUGUCCAAGAUAUCCCUAAAUCUACUACCAACUGAAGACCAGUCAUGCUUGCUGUUAAGAUCUUUUUUUUUUGUUUGUGGAAAAAAAAAAAGUAUUUAUAACGUUUUCUUACAUCCACUGCCUGGUGAACAAAACAAGAAUUCCAUACUUCGUGCUAUCAAACUACUGAGUCAUAUCGUUGCCUUCUAGAUUUUUACAUAUCCUACAUGAGUACCUCCAUGCAGUUUAUCAAUAGAAACAUCCAGAACCCUUUGCAUUUUGGUGUAUGUAUUGCUUUUGUCCCAUAGUGGUAUUGCUGUGUACAAAGAACAUUACUUGACUUGAAUUCCUAAUUUUGCAGUAUGUUGUAGGUUACUGAGACAUUUCCAAAGGAUACUGUAUUCCAUGCCACAUCGGUCCAAAUAGAGUACUAUAUCCUACACUUUAUUGGUCUAAAUAUGUAAAAACGUAAGUAUUUACUUUCCUCCGCAAAGCAGCUGCCUCCGUUAUGUGAUGAACGGUCCGCUUAGCCUAUUUGUUGAUGUUUACAUGCUGACAAUCAAAAUGCUUCUGAAUUUAAUGUUUUAAUACUCUGAACAUAUUGGAGGAACUUUUUUUUAUUUUAAAAUUUUUUACAUACAAGCAGUAAAGUACAGUUUAUUACCAUUCCAAGGAAACCUGGUAAAUAGUUAUGUUACUUUAUGGUGAUACCAGCAAAAUAGCAAGUAUUAAAGUGCUGCUUAUCUGUGUAUGUAUUCUGAAAUGGCCAAAUAAAGACAAACUAGUAUUUA